CUCCAAACAGAAACGUGUAGUCGAAAAACCUCUACUUCUUCGUUGCUUGCUUUACAGAACGCGCAUUUAAAAGCCCAUCGUUGUCUUUUACAACCAUAUUUCUCCUAACGACAAAACCGUCGACUGCUUUGGAUCACCCGAAAAAGUGCAGGUCUGUAGAACACUGCUAAGAUGGCCUCUGCAGAAGUCAACUCUCCACCCCAGCUGACGAAGAGCGUUAAUGAAGAGACUGAGCAGUUCCCCACUUCUCUGAGGAGCGUAAAAGAGGACAGCGAGGAGAUCCUGCGUUCUCUCUACAGUCUGAGGAGCGUAUCUGUAGUGCUGGUGGACUGCUGUAGACCACAAGGACGGCAGGAGAACAAUGAAGAGAACCACAGAGAUGCCGAGGCAACCAAGAGAUCUGGGCAUCAGCUUCACUGCAGUUCCAGCGGAGCAGAGUUUAGUGGAAAAACACAUUCUGCUGCCCUCACCACAGAGAGGCGUUACCCUUGCAGUCAGUGUGAGAAGAGCUUCAAGACUAAAAGAGAAGUCCAAAUCCACCAACGUGUUCACACAGGAGAGAAGCAAUUUUCAUGCACGGACUGCGGAAAGAGUUUUUCAUGCUUUUCUAACCUCCUCAGUCAUCGCCACGUUCACACUGAAGAGAGGCCGUACGCUUGCAGUCAGUGUGACAAGAGCUUUAAGACAAAACAAAACUUCCAAGUCCACCAGCGUGUUCACACAGGGGAGAAACCUUUUUCAUGCUCUGACUGUGGAAAGAGCUUCUCACGGGCUGAUCACCUCCAUUCACAUCACCGUAUUCACACUGGAGAGAGGCCGUACGCUUGCAGCCAGUGUGACAAGAGCUUUAAGAGAAAAGAUGAGCUCCUAAACCACCAACGUGUUCACACAGGGGAGAAACCAUUUUUAUGCACCCACUGUGGAAAGAGAUUCACACAGUCUUCUAACCUCCAUAUACAUCUUCGCUGUCACACUGGAGAGAAACCAUAUUCAUGCACGGACUGCGGAAAGAGUUUCUCGGAUUCUGGUAGCCUGCACAAACAUCGUCGCAUUCACACUGGAGAGAGGCCGUACCCUUGCAGUCAGUGUGACAAGAGCUUUAAUCUAGUCUCAAACCUCAACAAACACCAGCUUGUUCACACAGGGGAGAAACCAUUUUCAUGCUCUGACUGUGGAAAGAGCUUCUCACGGUCUUCUCACCUCGACUCACAUCGCCGCGUUCACACUGGAGAGAGGCCGUACGCUUGCAGUCAGUGUGACAAGAGCUUUAAGACAAAAGAUGAGCUCAAAAGGCACCAGCGUGUUCACACAAGGGAGAAACCAUUUUCAUGCACUGACUGUGGAAAGGGUUUCCCAACAUCGUCUGCCCUCCAUGUGCAUCGACGUUGUCACACUGGAGAGAAACCAUUUUCAUGCACGGACUGCGGAAAGAGUUUCUCAACCUCUUCUAACCUCCACAAACAUCGCCUUAUUCACACUGAAGAGAAGCGUUACUCUUGCAGUCAGUGUGACAAGAGCUUCAAGACUAAAAGAGAAGUCCGAAUCCACCAACGUGUUCACACAGGAGAGAAGCCAUUUUCAUGCACGGACUGUGGAAAGAGUUUCUCACAGUCUUCUAACCUCCACACACAUCGUCGCAUUCACACUGGAGAGAAGCCGUAUGCUUGCAGUCAGUGUGACAAGAGCUUUAAGACAAAACAAAAGCUCCAAAUCCACCAGCGUGUUCACACAGGGGAGAAACCAUUUUCAUGCACUGACUGUGGAAAGAGUUUCUCACGGUCUUCUCACCUCGACUCACAUCGCCGCAUUCACACUAAAGAAAGGCCAUAUGCUUGCAGUCAGUGUGACAAGAGCUUUAAGACAAAAGGGGAGCUCAAAAGUCACCAGCGUGUUCACACAAGGGAGAAACCAUUUUCAUGCACCGACUGUGGAAAGAGUUUUCCAACGUCGUCUAACCUCCAUGUACAUCGACGCUGUCACACUGGAGAGAAACCAUUUUCAUGCACGGACUGCGGAAAGAGUUUCUCAACCUCUUCUCACCUCUACAAACAUCGACGCGUUCACACUGAAGAGAGGCCGUAUGCUUGCAGUCAGUGUGACAGGAGCUUUAAGACAAAAGCAGACCUCCAGCGCCAUCAGCCCAUUCACACAGGGGAGAAACCAUUUUCAUGCACAGACUGUGGAAAGAGCUUCUCACAGUUUGCUUACCUCCACCAACAUCGCCGCAUUCACACUGGAGAGAGACCGCACGCUUGCAGUCAGUGUGACAAGAGCUUUAAGACCAAAUAUGAGCUCCAACGCCAUCAGCCCAUUCACACAGGGGAGAAACCAUUUUCAUGCUCUGACUGUGGAAAGAGUUUCUCACAGUCUUCUCACCUCCACUCUCAUCGCCGCAUUCACACUGGAGAGAAGCUGUACCCUUGCAGUCAGUGUGACAAGAGCUUUAAGACAAAAAAAGAGCUCCAACGCCAUCAGCCCAUUCACACAGGGGAGAAACCAUUUUCAUGCACAGACUGUGGAAAGAGCUUCUCACAGUUUGCUUACCUCCUCUCACAUCGCCGCGUUCACACUGGAGAGAGACCGCACGCUUGCAGACAGUGUGACAAGAGCUUUAAGACAAAAAAAGAGCUCCAAGUCCACCAGCGCACUCACACAGGGGAGAAACCAUUUUCAUGCACAGACUGUGGAAAGAGUUUCGCACAUUCUUCUGCCCUCCACAUGCAUCGUCACAUUCACACUGGAGAGAGGCCACAUCCUUGCAGUCAGUGUGACUACAGCUUUACCUCAAAAAGAGAUCUUCAAAGACACCAAGUUGUUCACACGGGGGAGAAACCAUUUUCAUGCAUCGACUGUGGAAAGAGUUUUUCACAUUCCAACGGCCUCCACACACAUCGUCGCAUUCACACUGGAGAGAAGCCGCACACUUGCAGUCAUUGUGACAAGAGUUUUACGACAAAAUCAAAGCUCCAAAUCCACCAGCGUGGUCACACAGGGGAAAAACCAUUUACAUGCACCGACUGUGGAAAGAAAUUCUCACAGUCCUCUAACCUUAUCACACAUCGCCGCAUUCAUACUGGAGAGAGGCCGUACCCUUGCAGUCAGUGUGACAAGAGCUUUAAAUUAAAUACACAUCUCCAAAUCCACCAACGUGUUCACACAGGGGAGAAACCAUUCUCAUGUAUCGACUGUGGAAAAAGUUUUUCACAUUAUUCCGCCCUUUGCAUACAUCGUCGCAUUCACACUGGAGAGAAGCCGUUCGCUUGCAGCCAGUGUGACAAGAGCUUUAAAACUAAUGCAGAACUCCAAAUCCACCAACAUGUUCACACGGGAGAGAUGCCAUUUUCGUGCACCGACUGUGGAAAGAAAUUCUCACAGUCCUCUAACCUUAUCACGCAUCGCCGCAUUCAUACAGAGAGGCCGUACCCUUGCAGUCAGUGUGACAAGAGCUUUAAAUUAAACACACAUCUCCAAAGUCACCACAGUGUUCACACAGGGGAGAAACCAUUUUCAUGUACCGACUGUGGGAAAAGUUUCUCACAUUCUUCUCACCUCCACACACAUCGCCUCAUUCACACUGGAGAGAAGCCAUUCGCUUGCAGCCAGUGUGACAAGAGCUUUAAGACUAUUACAGAACUCCAAAUCCACCAACGUGUUCACACGAGAGAGAUGCCAUUUUCGUGCACCGACUGUGGAAAGAAAUUCUCACAUUCUUCUAACCUUAAGAAACACUUGUCAUCACAUUUGAGAGAAGCCUUAAGCUCUCAGCCAGUGUAACGAGUUUCUCACAGUCCUCUAACCUUAAAGCUACAGUGGCGGUCAUAUGUUUACAUACCCUAACAGAAUAUACGCUUUGCUAGCGAUUUCCAAUAGGAUGUGACUGUUUACACAAGACCUUUUUGUUUUCACUCCAAUUUGUUUUCAAUCCGAGGACAAUGCUCCAGCCACUCAGCUUGCCAAUCAAGGUGUGGAUGGAAGACCACCAGAUCAAUACCUUGACAU